CAAAAGACAGGCGCAUGCUGCCUAGCUGCCAGCAGCCAUCACAAACAAAAUGUGCACUCAAUUUUACUGCUACUCAUAGUAAUACUGUAAUUGACCGUGCUUCCAGUGCUGGAUACCGAUUGCGAAAACCAGUCUUCUGUUGUAUGUGAGGCGUCGUUAGUGACAGAUAAUCAUGUGUGUGAGUAUUGUACCAGUUCAAUCUACACGCCUAAUAACAGUUCCGUGUCAAAACAAAUAGAUAUCUCGCGUCGGUAAUGACAUUUCGUAUGGAAAAUCAAACAAAUAUACGUUCACAAAUUGUUGGAAAAUCGUUCACAAACAUUGUUCUGGAUUGAUCAGUUUUUCAAAUAGACUUUGAUAUUUGUUGUUAUACUCUGGUGACCUACUACCCAAAAUAUUGAUUUGACUGAGGUAACCAAGUCCAUUAGGUGAAAUGAUAAUCGAUACCGCUAGCGUGUUGUGUAUAACAUUGAACAAAAUUGCCAUACAUUACAUUUAACCUUCUAUUUAUUAGAUGAUGAACAGUUAUGAUUUGUUGAGUUCACAUAAUAUAUGGAGUGAAAAAUAAAUAUUUUCAAAGCUUUUACGUGUUAUCAAGGGGCUAGUGUAACAAUACCAAUCCAACCACAAUGGCAAUGGGAAAAGUUUUUCGUGUGUUCGAGAAGAAGGUUGUAGAGAGUGAAUCUCCAUACAGUAUACUAUUGGACCACAGAAACAAGAGUGAAUCUAUUCUAUUCGAGUCGGACGCUGUCGCUAUAUUAUCUCAACAAGAAACUGAAGCUGUUAUAAAGCAAUACACAAAAAUAUUAGAUGCUUACGCUUGUUUAGGAGUUUUACAACUUAAUGUAGAAGAUGAUAAGACAUUGUUAUUUUUAGUAACUAUUACAGGAUGUGUGUCGGUAGGGAAAAUAGGACAAUCUGAGGUUUUCCGAGUGACCCAAACAAACUUCACACCGUUGCAUGGUCAAGCACAGGAUGAGGAGAGAACGUCAGAGGUUCGAAAAGUUUUGAAUUCGAAUACAUUUUAUUUUUCCUGGUCAACACAUGGUCCAGCACUUGAUAUCACACUUUGCGCCCAACGAACAAAUAAAACAUCGUCUACAGAUAACCGAUUUUUCUGGAAUAGAAUGCUGCAGACACAUCUGAUUCGUUUUGGGGUGGAUGUUGGUGAUUGGCUAGUGAAGGUAAUGUGUGGCAGUGUUGAGAUUCGCACUGUGUAUGUGGGCCAUCGACAGGCGAGGGCAGCCAUCAUUUCCAGACUGAGUUCAGAGCGCGCCGGCACUCGAUUCAUAGUUAGAGGUGUCAACGAUGACGGACAUGUUGCCAACUUUGUGGAAACCGAACAAGUGAUCUACGUCGAUGAUGAAAUCAGUUCUUAUGUUCAAGUGCGAGGAUCAGUGCCGCUGUUCUGGGAGCAGCCUGGGGUUCAGGUGGGCUCACAUAAAGUGAAAAUGUCCCGCAGUGCAGAGGCGUCAUCGGCAGCGUUCGAAAAACAUUUCAAAAUUCUAAAACAAAGAUACGGCCAUCAGGUUGUGGUGAAUCUGUUGGGAACGAGCCUUGUGGGCAGUAAAGAGGGUGAAGGUAAUCUAAGUCAGUGUUUCCAGACUCAACAUAAGUUAUCCAAGAGCUGUGAAGGUGUGCCACAUGUAAUUUUCGAUUACCACCAAGAAUGCAAGGGAGGCAAUACAAAAGCGCUUAGUAAACUCUUAACAAAAGUUGAAAAGAAAUUGAAUCAGUUUUCCACAUUCUAUUGCAAAGGUGAUGAAGUGUUAAGUGAACAGAAAGGAACCUUCAGAACAAACUGUCUCGACUGCCUUGAUAGAACAAACUGUGUUCAGACGUUUUUCGGCAUACAAGUUCUAGAAAAACAACUGCAGUUAAUGAAUCUUGGAGAGAAGCAAACGAUUACUUCUCGGUUUGAAGAGGUGUUCCGACAGAUGUGGAUCAAUAAUGGUAAUGAGAUCAGCAAAAUUUAUGCAGGAACUGGGGCGAUUCAGGGUGGUUCGAAAAUAAUGGAUGGAGCGAGGUCGGCAGCACGAACCAUACAGAAUAACCUACUGGACAGCGGCAAGCAAGAAGCCUUCGACGUUCUAUUAAUGGGACAUUUAUUACACAGUGAAGUCGCUCACAGAACCAGCUCCAUUUUGCCUUCUUUCAUGAUGCAUGCUCCUAAGACUGUGCUUUUUGAAAUGUAUCUAAAAUCGCCCGACUAUUUGAAAAGUUCAAAAAUGAGAGUCUCCGUUGGUACAUACAAUGUUAACGGUGGCAAGCAUUUCAGAAGUGUAGUGUACAAAGACCAAUCAUUGACUGAUUGGCUGUUGGAUGCUCCCUCUCUGAAUGGCACACAAGCUCAGGGCUACAUCGACGAGGACAGCUGCAACAAUGGCCAACCUAUUGACAUCUAUGCUAUUGGCUUUGAGGAAAUUGUCGACCUGAAUGCAAGUAACAUCAUGGCAGCCAGCAAUGAGAAUGCAAAAGCGUGGGCCAUCGAGUUGCAAAAAGUAUUGUCACGAGACAAUGAGUAUGUAAUGCUAACUUAUAUACAACUAGUGGGUGUUUGUUUAUAUUUAUUCAUCAGACCAGAACACAUUCCUUACGUGAAAGACUUGGCAGUUGAUUCGGUGAAAACUGGAUUGGGGGGAGCGACCGGAAAUAAGGGUGCUGUAGCGAUUCGAUUCACAUACUACAGUACAUCUGUGUGCUUCCUAUGUUCACAUUUUGCCGCAGGUCAAUCCCAGGUAACUGAGAGAAACGCUGAUUAUGCUGAAAUAACCAAACGGCUUUUAUUUCCAAUGGGCAGAAAUCUGGAUUGCCAUGAUUAUAUUUUCUGGUGCGGUGAUUUCAACUACAGAGUUGACAUGGAUAAGGAUGAGAUGAAAGAGUUGAUAAAGCAGAAUGAAUUGGAUGAUGUACUAGAGAAUGAUCAGUUGAAAAAAGAACAAGAUGAGGGGAAUGUGUUUCAAGACUACAAUGAAGGCCCGGUAAUGUUUGCUCCUACUUACAAGUACGAUUUAUUUUCGACAGAUUACGACACAAGUGAGAAAUGCCGCGCUCCCGCCUGGACUGACCGCGUCCUGUGGAAACGUCAAAUGGACUCACUCAGUGAAGAGAGAAUUCGUGAUUGGAGUGCUGGCAAUUUGAUCUACUAUGGACGUGCAGAGCUGAAACAAAGCGACCAUCGACCAGUCAUCGCAAUCAUCGACUGCGCCAUCUAUGACGUAGAUGAGGCCAAACGAGACGAAACGUUCGCCGAGAUAAUAAAAGAGUUGGGUCCCCCUGAUGCAACUAUCAUAAUUCAUAUCGACGAUGAACAGUCUGCAUCUGACAGUGAAUUUCUAAAUCCUUUGUUACAAGAGUUGGGAGAGAUUGGAGAAGUGAUUCUGGUAAGGUUUGUAGAGGAGACAAUGUGGGUGACGUUCAGAGACAGUAGGAAUGCUUUGAAAGCUGUAGCAAAAGGAUUUUUGCAAGUGGGAGAUAAACAACUUCAGAUGACUUUGAGAACGUCGAAUUGGAAGGAUCUUCACAACAAGGAGAUACAGUUGUGGUCGGAUAAUACUGUGCCGUUGUAUGAUAGCAAUAUUCCAAUAGAUACAGACGAGCACCACUUGAAGAAACCUCCCAAGGUACCACCUCCGCCCAGUCCUUGUAGGAGUCCUUGUGCUACACCAACACGUCCACCGCUUCCCAAUCUACACAAACCAAAGGCCGGCGUAAUAAGCAUACCGAAAAUAUCACCUAAAAAGGAAACCAGUGCGCCGUCACAGUUCACAUUCAAUGAAGAUUGUCCAAAGCAACGCAAAGAAAGUGAUCAAGUGGAGGCAGCAGCGGUAGCGGCUGAAGAUGACAACAUUCCUAUGCCUUCCGGUCCACCGCCUCCGCCGCCUCCUUCAGCUCCCGCCCCCGCUGCACCCCCUACUUCACUGCCACCUCUACCACAGCGCAACCAACCGUCGGCCUCACCCGCUGCACCGCCUCCCAUCCCUCCUCGGUCACCGCAACCAACAAACAGAAAGAUAACGUGAACUAAAACUAAAUUUCAAACGAAAUGUAACUAGAAUCUAUAAUACUAAUGAUAUUUGCUUACCAAGUGUAACAACGAUAGAAAUCACAAUUAUAAAUUGAUUCAUUUUCAAAGUUGUAAUUGGAACCAAUUAAGUUAAUUAUCUUCCGAUUGAUAUAGGCAGGUGGGAUUUACUUUUAAAGGUUGAAAUCCAACUUGUUCUACGUCAGCAGAGCAAAUUAUAGAUAUAUGUUGAGAAAUAACUUGCAAAUAAAUAGUAUUGAAAAUUGGGAAGGAACUACUUAGAUAUCAAGCUAGUAAUUCUAGAUAAAAAAAUUAGAUGAAGUUAUUUUUAAAGGUUAAAAUUCAAAAGCAAUGUAGAAAAAUAAGCAGAAAAAAUAGGUAAUGAAUUUUUGAAUAAGUUUGUGUUACGGUAUGCACUACUUGCAAGUAGUGUUGAGAAAAGACUAAUAAAGCACUACAGCUUUUAUGGUCUCUGGUAAUAGACGAAGUGAAAAUUGUAAUUUUAGGAGCAAAUUAUAUUCGUGCAUUUAAGUUGAAUUACACAGUUAGCAGAGCAGAAUUUUUCUAAGAAACUAUGAAAGUGCUUUAUAACAAUAGGUAGACCUAGCUGCCAUAAUGUUGAAAAAUGGAGAAAUGUGAAUGAAUAGCACUAUAGGUACACGCAAAUAAUAGUUAUGAGUUGUAACUUUAAUUAUUAUGGCCCGCAACUAGAGUAGGCUAAUCAAUCUUUUGAGAAUUCAUAUUAAAUUUAUCAAUUGAUAUGAAGAUAAUCUUUUGUAAGUGAAAUAAUACAUUCGAAUAAAACUCGUAUUUCAAUGGAAUCGCAUUAAAAUUCGUGAUUUCUGAAAUCAAAACUUGAUGCACAGUAUGAUAGAAAAUAGAUUUUUCUGUAAUAAAAACCUUGAUGGCAGACAAACGGAAGCCUGGACUUAAUUAAUAUAUUACCGGUACCUCAAUUAACAAAUUGAAUUGGAAUAGAGAUUAUCUACCGUUUAAUUCCAAUGAAAGAGCAAUAAUAAUGAUAAAAUAUCAUAUCAGUCUAAAAAGAUGUGUGUGCAUUUGUAUGUUGUAAGAUUAGAAGUAUUGAAAAUUAUGUUAAUCUGGAAGUUGACAUUGAAAAUGUUGGAAUUUUAAUGGGUUAGCUUAAUAACGAACUUUAUCAAUCAGGAACAGUUUCGCCGUUCUGUAAUAGAAAAUUAAUAACAUAAAUUCCUACUUUCUUCAAGAACUGUAACAAAAAGGAUCAAUUAAAUAACACUUGCAUUUUGUGCAAAGAACAAAUUCUAAGUAAAAUGAGGAAGUUUAAGGGAACUUUGCUUAAUUAAAGAGGUUUACGCUUAAUUAAUAUAUAUUUGCAAUUAGAAACAAUAUUGUACUGUUUAGAGAAAUAUUUAUGUAAGUAGUGAUUCGGCUAGAAUUAUAUCAAAGGCCUGAGCAAUCCUAUGAGCAUUGCAAUACAUCCACAUCCUACUAAGAAGUUGAUUGACAUCGAAUUACAGUGAUGAAUUAAUUACUCAGUACAUUAUUAACAAUUCAGUUAUCCGAUAUAUUACUCUACUGUAAUUUUAAAAUGAUCAAUGAAAACAUAAUCAACUUACAAUAAAUUUUAUUAUAGUUUAAACAUUAAAGCUGCGUUUACACCUUAUAGAUUCUAUUAGAUUGAACGGAACAUGACAAACACAUAAGUUCAUCAUGUGUAUGAUAAGUUAUGUUCAAUCUAAUAGAAUCUAUAAGGAUAAAGUUGAUAACAUUUUGUUAAUAACUUAGGUGUAAACGCAGCUUUACAACGGAAUGCUAAUGUGUUUCUAUUAACUAUUUUAUUUUUAUUUUCAUCUUCAAAACAGAAACUGAAAUAAUAAUAUGAAAUGGAAAUAUGAAUGUAAUAGCAAUAUUGAUUAAGUGAUGUUUCUGAAUAUCGAACAUGUUUCUCACGGGUUUGAAAUAAUCUUCUUGCAGGAUAAAGUUUUGUUUAAAAAAUGCAUAUGAUAUGUAUUGCAAUUGAUAUAGAGUUUGAACACAGACUAAUUUAUUUUUGAAUUUGGGAAUAUCUUGAUCGCUCUUCCAAUUGAAAACAUGGUUUCUAAUUAGGAUAUUUUCAUUAACAUUCCCAAAAAUGUUAUUAAUUUAUCAUUGAAUUGAUACAUUGUAGAAUACUAUAUCUGGUUAUAGAAUUACAAAUUGACUGUACAACAUAAUAUUAUAUUGUGUACAAAAAUAUAUUAAAAAUUAUUUAUCAAUAAUAAAACCUAUAAGAAAGCCAUAAAACUAUGUAAGUUGUAACAUUUAUUCGUGUUACUAAUAAUAUUGAGCAAUAUGUUACAAAUAAUAUUGGGAUUGUUGGAAUGCUUGGGCCAAAAAUAGUAUAUAUAAAAAUGUACAGAGUAAAGAGUUUAGACACAUUAAUAAUAAUUCACUGUUGAAGUUUAUGCAAUACAUCUAAUACAUAAAUAUAGAAUUAUAUUUUUAGAUUAUAAAAUUGAUUUAUCAGUUAAGCCUUAUAAUCAGUAAUAUUCACUGGAAGAACAAUAAUGCAUUUGUUGAAUGUAAAAUAUCCAUAGGUAACGACAAUGUUUAUUUUGGUUCAAUAAAAUGUUGAUGCAGUUAAU